UUUUCGCGUAGAAUGCACUCAUUUUUUUGGGUUCGUAAAACUAUGGGCGUCUCGUCUCCUUUCCCCUCCUCGCGCGCUGCGCCCGCCGUCUGGAGCUUGGAGGCAUUCCUCGAUCCCGGUGACAAGCGGCUUUCUUGGCUAACCUAGUUGAUGACUCGUUUCCGUCGGGUGCGACGUCCACGGGUGGACCCCUGGCCUUCGGCAUCGGGGACUCCAUUGGGCUCGCCAGGUUCAACAACAGCUACCUUGACCGAGGGUUCCGGCAGCGGAUCUGAUGACGGACAUAUGACUUAUGCUGCAGCUCUCCAACCAAGCCGGUGACGGACAGGCGGGUUGAGGCGUUGGUCAAAACUCGGGCGGUUUGUCUGGGUUUUAGGGUUUCGAUCUUGGAGCAUCCAAUCGGGAGGCUCCGGUGAGUGAGUGGCAAUGGGUUGCCGUCCGUUCUUUAAUGUGACAAGGGAUAUAUCUCGCGGUGUUCAUGGGAAGAGGCGCCUCUUCAAGGGUUGCAUACAUGGAGAUAAUAGCAUCACUGUACAGUGAACGACUUUGAGACUGCUCUAUGUUUGCUGGGGAGGGGAUGAAUCACGCCAUGAUAAAUGGGAUACAUAUAUCUCAACGAUGAUGGUGAUGUCACUUCUCUUCGAUGAAAUGGUUGAUCAGGCUAAUCUUUGUUUGGAAAUAGCAGCCGAGAGAAUCAAGAAAAGCACUCUUGUGGUUGGAUAUAUCUAUGAUAAUCUGGGAGCAAACUACAUGGAGACGAAUUGGCUGCAAUCAAGUGUACAGAUGCUUUUAGUUGAAAGGAUAUCACGGAUGUGUAAUUGGUCAUAUCGUGUUCUGCUGAGAUGUAUCAGAGCCUUGCUAUAGAGGUUGCAGAUCUGCUGAGCUAUUAAGGACUCACCUUGCAAAGUUGUGUCGACGCCAGUAUUCCUAUCUUGUGAUGAUUUUACAGCAAUCAAUCAUCAGAGAAAUCCAUCUGCAGCAGCCUACAGGCACGAACAUCUGGUGGCUCCUGAGGGUAUCAGCACCCAUCACGACAGAGAGACAGAUGACAACGCGCCAUCUCAACCUUCACAUAUAUGAGUUGAUCCAGUAAUCUGAGUCUUGUGGAUCUCGUGGUAUUUUCAUCGUAGAAAUAUAUAUCUCUACAUACAUGUGAAAGAAUUGGUAUAUUCAGAGCAUAAUGAACAGAAUUCUUUCAUGCCACUCAUAGAUGAAUCAGAUAAUGCCCUUUUUCUUUGUAGUUGACAUAAUCCAUCCUCUGUCCAUUGUUCAGUUCAUGGAUAUGGUUUUGCAUACCGUUGACUCGCCGAAUCUUUCCCUUGCUGUAUUCCUCUCCUCUGUAGACUGUGGUUCUUUCUUGAUGGGACCAGGUAAUCUAAUUCACCAGUUGUCUUAAUCUUCUCUCACCAGGGACCAGAGAAGAUGCUGCUCACCAGGUACGUUCUCUCACCCCAUGGGCUGCUCGAAUCCUUGUCCAUGAUCGAGCAUAUGAGCUUUUAGCCAUAUCCAAUUUAUACACUUGAUUUGGCAAGAUAAGAAUGCCUUCUUUUCUUCUUCUUUUGUUGCAAGCUUCAUCAUGGGAAAUGGAGCAUGAAUCCGUCAACGUGUGAGCUCAUUGGUGAGGCGGCUGCUGCGAGCUUUCCGUCUCCCCUCUGAUCGACAAAGGCCAACCAAUCCACUUCGAUCCCACCCACCUGGUCGCGUUCACAACGUUACAGAGCUCAACUCCUGGAACAAGAGAGCCAACAAACCUGGAGCAUCAAUUCUCUUUCCAGCCACUGGUUUCUUAGCGAGACACGAAAAGAACAGAUUGGCGCCUGGACGCCACAAGUUCCAUCAACCCUGUGCAUGUACAACGCAUAGCCAAUACCCACCACGAUGUUGAAGAAGAGCACGAGGGUCAAAUCCGAGGAUUAAAUUACACACGCCUCCCUUUUGUGGCACUUUUAAAUGAGAGGGAAUACGACCCUUCCGAAGCCAUCGCUCCGACUCAUCUACGUGCAUCGAAUCCAUCCCCCCUCCUACAACCGUCGAUUUGCAUAUCGUGGAAUUUGGACCGUCUGAUUUUGAUUCGAUGCUGCCGCAGUUGGAGAGGAUCCCACAUUCUUCCUCUGGACCCACCGCUUCCCUCCAGGUCUAAGAUCCCCAGGCAACCCAAAGCCGCCUUCCACUGUGAGCUGCCCACCCGCAUGGGAGGAGGCGGAGAGCGGAAGGAGGGCGACGAGGCCAAGUACCGCGGCGUCCGACGCCGGCCGUGGGGGAAGUAUGCGGCGGAGAUCCGUGACCCCAGUCGGCACGGCGCCCGCGUCUGGCUCGGCACCUUCGGCACCGCCGAGGAGGCCGCCCGUGCCUACGACAAGGCCGCCUUCCAGAUGAGGGGCGCCCUCGCCGUGCUCAACUUCCCCGACGAGGUCGUCCAUUAUCGCGGCGGCGCAACCUCCUCCUCCUCCUCCUCGUCGGCCACGGGCCGACCUCGCAGGAGCGCCACCACCGGGAAGCAGGUGAUCGAACUGGAGUGCUUGGACGACAAGGUGUUGGACGAGCUUCUGCAGUCGAGUGAAGGCUUCAAGUAAACGCUGUGCAACUAUCGAGUCCAUUAAAGAGUCUAAUCUUAAGCUUCUUCGUAGUAGAAAGCUUCUUGUGUUACAUAAAUGCUCAAGAUUUGAUGACAAUAAGAAAGAGUGAGAUGCGGUAGCUUUUUGGAUCCAAUAACUCGGCCGAGAUGUUCUCUCUCGAGGCCAACUGGUCGAAGUUACUGUAUUUGACCUUCAUGAGAAGGAAGAUAGCAUUGACUUCUUAUGUCUGCA